AGUGCGCUGGGAGCCGCGGGGAGAGGAGGACGUGCACAUGGAGGAGACAGACACCGCUUGUCCACAGUCCUCGGUGCGCUCUCGGCUCGGAAGGACAGGACAGCCUGGCGGGAUGGAGGACAUCAGCGGCAGACCCUCUGCCCCAGCUGCUACAGCGUGUGUGUGGACUCCGGAGCUCCUGCGCGUCUUUUGACCAAGGAGCGAUUGGACGAGUGCGCACAGCCAGAGCCUCCGUGCGGGUUUUGCGGACACAACGUUUUUUGAGCCGCUCCGGAGCUUUGUCUCCACCUGGAUCCGUCGGCGCCUGUGGUUUCCCCUGCUGUCAAGAGGACUGGGUAGGACACGAUGCGAACCCGAUUCCCAAGCGUUGCUGUUCCCCAAAAGCAUGUGCGCCGCGCCACCGACCGCCACUGAGCUCCAGAGUCCGCCCGCACCAUGCUCCUCCUGUGGGUCCCGGUGAGCUUGGUCCUCGGCUUCAUCAUCUCCCAGACGUGGAGCGUGCAGAUGUCCUGGGAGAACUGGGACUCCGAGCUGCGCAACCGGGGCAACGAGUUCGAGAAGCCGAGCUCGCAGCCGCACAUCGUGUUCAUCCUGGUGGAUGACCAGGGCUUCCGGGACGUUGGGUACCACGGCUCCGAGAUCAAAACCCCGACACUGGACCGACUGGCAGCCGAGGGAGUCAAGCUGGAGAACUACUACGUGCAGCCGCUGUGCAGCCCCUCCAGGAGCCAACUCAUGACCGGCAGGUAUCAAAUCCACACAGGCCUUCAACACUCGAUCAUCCGACCUACCCAGCCGAACUGCCUGCCCCUGGACAAUGUCACCCUGCCCCAGAAGCUCAAGGAAGCUGGAUACUCCACUCACAUGGUGGGCAAGUGGCACCUGGGCUUCUACAAGCGGGGCUGUAUGCCCACCCAGCGAGGCUUCGACUCUUUCUUUGGCUCCCUGCUAGGCAGCGGGGACUACUACAGUCACUAUAAAUGUGAAGGGCCUAGUAUGUGUGGUUAUGACCUGUACGAAGGGGAGGAGGCAGCUUGGGAGCAGGACCGUGGCAUGUACUCUACUGUGAUGUUUACUCGAAAGGCUAUCAAUAUCCUUGCCAAUCAUAACCCUCGCAGUCAACCGUUGUUUCUCUACUUAGCCUUCCAAGCUGUUCACUCCCCACUGCAGGUUCCUGCCCGCUACCUCGAGCGCUACAAGGGCAUUCCAAACCCGCAUCGUCGUAAAUAUGCUGCCAUGGUGUCUUGCCUGGACGAAGCCAUCCAUAACCUCACAUUAGCAUUAAAACGCUAUGGGUAUUAUGACAAUACAGUUAUAGUGUACUCCUCAGAUAAUGGAGGCCAGCCACUAGCUGGUGGAAGCAACUGGCCCCUGAGAGGGAGUAAGGCCACGUACUGGGAGGGGGGAAUCAGGGCAGUGGGCUUUGUUCACAGUCCCCUGUUGGUGAACAAAGGGACAAAAUGUCGGUCUUUGGUCCAUAUCACUGACUGGUUCCCCACACUGGUGACCUUGGGUGAAGGGACGAUAGAUGAAGAUCUCAAUCUGGAUGGGUACGAUGUCUGGGAGGCAAUAAGUGAAGGGCGGCCGUCGCCUCGACAGGACAUUCUUCAUAACAUCGACCCAAUCUACAUUAAAGCCAAGAACGGUUCGUGGAAGGCUGGGUAUGGCUUAUGGAACACCGCUGUCCAGGCUGCGCUCCGGGUGGGCCACUGGAAGCUCCUCACGGGUGUUCCGGGUUACAGUGACUGGGUACCCCCUCAAACAUUCUCCAACCAGCGGCUAACAAAUCGCUGGCAUAAUGAGCGCGUCCGUUGGGACCGAGGUAAAUCCAUCUGGCUUUUCAACAUCACGGCCGACCCUUACGAGAGAGUGGACUUGUCUCAGCGCUACCCACACAUAGUGAAAAAGAUGCUAAUGCGAUUAGCACAUUACAACAAGACGGCAGUAGCAGUGCGCUACCCAUCCAAAGACCUGCGUUCUAACCCCCAGUACAAUGGGGGCGUAUGGGGACCCUGGUACAAAGAAGAGAGGGAUAAGCAGGAGGAGGAUGAGAGAGACAAUCAUUUGUUUAACAACCAUCUUGGAAAAAGAAGGUGGAAAAAGAAGUCAAACAGAAAGCUGAAAAGGAAGGUAGAAGAAUAGCUUGGCCCAUUUGUGAAAGACUUCAGUUGCCUUUUCUCAGGGAUAGACACUUCCUGAUUCAGGAUUGUCUUCUUCAGACUCUCGAACUCCAGUUAGUUUUAACUUGACUCCAGUUUAUGCUGUAUGGAAAACAAUGCAGAUAGACCUGUUGAAAUGCCUCAUUAGAAUUAGGAAAAGCUCCACUCAUUCAAACACUACUGUCGUGCCCAGACACAGCUAAGACCUCAUGUUAUUGUUAGGGGCAUUGAGCGAAUGUUUAUUUUUCUAGAUUGUGUUGCAUGCUUGAACUGUUGUCACCUUUGAAUUCCUCUGUAUAUUCAUGUCUCACUAAAAGUAAAAAAGAAUUGUUCAUAGACAGUUGCCAUAAAUCAUGGUGACAGAAAAAUAAAGACGUAGCUCUUUUAUGCUGUUGAUUGCAGAGAUACAGUAUCGUGGAAACAAAUGUAGGAUUUAUGUGAUGUGUGAGUUGUUGUAUGUUGGUUUUAUAAGCACAGUCUGUCUGAACUUAGGAAUAAUAGAUUUUGUUCCCCCUUUUAGAUGAUGUCUGGUCUGGCACCAGGCCAACCUGAAUGUAAGACAAACUCACAAAAUAAAAGCCCCAGACACAAA